AUGGCUCAUCAGAAGCCAAAGCGAAGGGCAUGCGACAGCUGUUUCAAGAAGAAGAUUCGUUGUGAUGCCAGUUUCCCACAAUGCGAAUGGUGCAAGCACCAUAAUCUGGCCUGUACCUACAAUAGACUUCGGGGUUCAACAUACGUUAGGUAUGGAGCUGCCAUGCUACUAGAUCGACCGGCACUAUCCGCCUUUCCAUCCAUAGCAGAGGGGAUAGAACCCCCGAGACACGCAAACACAUUUCUGAACAAUGUCACUUAUUUCACAGGGUACCACAUCUUCUCUGAGGAAGGCCAGAAAUGGAUUGAAACACAGGUAGGGGAAAGCAUCGAAUUCGACAAACUGUUCGCUCUCGAACUCCAAUGGUUCCAGCCGCUCCGUUUCUUUGCUGACUCUGCGACGCACCCCUCUCCACUCCCAUCCCUUCCUCCAAGACCCGUCCUUGAACGGCACAUCCUAGUGUAUAGCUCUUCCUUUCAGAGUCUAGUGUUUCCUGUAGUCAGCAAGUCCACAUUUGGCAGGACAUUAGAUCUCGCCUACAGUCCCAUCCCAUCUCCAGGCUCUGCUAGCGCAAAAUCUUGCGUAUAUUCAUUCCUGGCCCUUGUGUCUCUGUUUGGCUUUGAUGACGCUAGCCAUGAUUGCAUGGAUUGCCGAUCUUGUGCGUUGGCAGCACAGAGCUUUAUGGCCUCGGUAAUGGAGGAAAUGACGGUUGACGGGCUCCAAUCCCUAAUAAUGCUAGUUCAACUCCAAUACUUCUUGGGUGACCUGCGCUCUGCAGGUGUUACUCUGUCAAUAGCCACACGGCUUCUAUAUGCACUGGGUGCUCAUAUAUUACCCACUAAGGCCACCCCCUCUCGCGCCCCUGUCUAUGAUAAGAGCGACAUCAGAUGCCACCUGCGAGAUCUAUUCUGGCUCUGCUAUUCAUUCGACAAGGAUAUAUGCAUCAGGACAGGCCAACCACCAUCUUUAAACGACACGAACUGCGACUUGAGUCUGCCCGAUGAUUAUGUGCAGCUGCAAAACAUCAACCUCCAGCACGACAUGCCUCCUGUCAAUGACAACACUAUUCCUCUCUAUCCUUGGGAUCUUCGUUUGUCUAUGCUAAAAUCCAGAAUAUAUGAGGGCCUUUAUUCAGCAGUCUCUCUCUAUCAGAGUGCAUCUCAGUUGCUAUCGAGUAUCCGAGCUCUAGAUGAAACAUUAGAGCAAUGGAGGGUGUCCCUUCCCUCGGAUUUUCGGCCCACGCUGUAUUUUUCUGACGACACACACAUCAGUGCCAAUGUGAAUACCCAGGCGGUGAUGCUCAGGUUAGCAUACUAUCACUGCGUCACCUCAAUCCACCAAGCAGCAAACCGCUAUCGCAACUCAGCCUUGGAACCCGCAGGUACAUGGCUGAGCGGCAUAACUUCUAGCAUUAAUCUGUCUAUCACUGCCAGUCGGUCAACGCUGUCUUAUCUCAAGAGAGUGCUGCCCAUUAUAAAGGGGGAAUGUUUCUGGAUCAUACUAUUCUACGCUAUCACCGCAGUGUUGACUCUCUUUUGCGAUACCAUCUCUGACCCGCAUGGCCCUGAUGUACAUCACAAUGUCGAGCUAUUGCAAGAUGUUCCUGGGUUAAUCCAUCGCGUCCCUGUCCGACACCUAGCACUUGGGGAACUCACUCACCUGCAGUAUUUGAACGGAUUUACUACGGAGCUUGCUGCCAUUUGUGUGCGCGCCACAUCGAAGGCGCGAAGGGGAUAG